UUCAGCAGAGCCCGACGGCCUGAGAGCCUCUCCACACGAUGAGAGUGUAAUCUGCACACCCGCUUCUGGACUCGUUUUUCUCCUCUUUUGUUGUUGUUAAUUGUAUUAAAUCAACCCAAACAGUUUUUUCUCCCCAAAUCAUGACCGGAGUUUUCGAUCGGAGGAUCCCGAGUGUGAAACCUGCAGAUUUUCAGAGCUCCUUCCAACUCUCCGCCAUGCACCACCCGUCUCAGGAAUCUCCUACUUUACCGGAAUCCUCGGCCACGGAUUCUGGCUACUACAGUCCCGCCGGAGGAGUCCCCCACGGCUACUGCUCGCCCAGCUCCUCCUCGUACGGGAAGCCCCUCGGCGCCUACCAGUACCAGUACGCGGGCGUAAACGGAUCCGCUGGAAAUUACGCGACAAAAACCUACGGAGAUUACAGCUCGUACACGACCCCCGCCUACCACCAGUACGCUGGGACAUACAACAGAGUGCAAGCACAGCAGAGUCCACAAGAAAAAGAAUUAAGUGAGCCGGAGGUGAGGAUGGUGAACGGGAAGCCGAAGAAGGUGAGGAAGCCCCGGACCAUUUACUCCAGCUUCCAGCUGGCGGCCCUGCAGAGGAGGUUCCAGAACACGCAGUACCUGGCGCUGCCGGAGAGAGCCGAGCUCGCAGCCUCGCUGGGACUCACACAGACACAGGUCAAGAUUUGGUUCCAGAACAGGAGAUCAAAAAUGAAGAAGAUCAUGAAAAAUGGCGAGCUUCCUCCGGAGCACAGCCCCAGCUCCAGCGACCCCAUGGCCUGCAACUCGCCGCAGUCUCCGGCCGUGUGGGACACGCAGGGCCCCUCCAGGGCGCACGGCUUACAGCCGCAGAGCCUCAACACGGCGGCUUCAAACUUUUUGGACAACACUUCGUCUUGGUACACGUCGGCCGGCAGCUCCAUGGCUUCUCACCUUCAGAGCCCGAACUCGAUACAGCACUCGUUGGCUCUGGGAGCCGGGACGUUAUACUGAGAAACAAACUAACGUGUUGUUCAUUUGGUUUAUUACAAUUUUUGUUUCCUUCUAUGGGACUCGUGUACACAUUUCAGAGGAAUAUGCAAUGUAUUUGAUGACAGUCAUAGAGGAAAACGUGUAAAAUGUGUAAAUGUGUGCAUGUAAUUUAUUGCAUUUUGGAAGACUAUUAAACGUUUAAAACGGA